AUGAGUGAUGUCGAGGCGAUCUCUUUCCCAGCUGCCCUGGACGUCGGUCAGAACAUUGCUCCGGUGAAGCCCGAUCCUGUUGCGCUUUCAUCGGGAGAUGGAGACUCCCACCGGGUAGACGAGGGGUCUAAUAAUGGUAAUGUGCAGGAAGGUCCUCCCAGUCCCAGGGCGGACUCGGAGGCGGAAACCAUCAUCCAAUCCGGCCGAGAGUCUUUGUCGCCAGAGAAGAAAAGGAAACACAUAAAGCACGACCCGAGUCGCCGAGAAACCAAUGGAAUCGAUGGACAGCGGACGAAACCUCGAGUUCUCACCGAACGAGAACGCACUCGUUCGCCCCAUCGAGAGAUUUCGCCAUCCAUGGUUAAGAUCGAGAAGGUCGAUGAUGCAUUGCCCGGGACGGAAGGUGUAAAUGGAAUCGAUCAUGCGAGGCCUCGCGCCUUCCGAAAGCGAAGCUUCAGCGAUAGCGCCGAGGAAGAGAGAGAGCGCCGUCGCGCUCACUCUCAUGCUGCCCACCCCGCCCGGGAACUGAAGCACAAUAACAACACCCGUCUGUCCAGGCCGCCAUCUAAUACACGAUCGCUGUCACCAAAUCGUCGAUCUCACCAACGGUCUGCUUCAGGUUCCCAGUUUCCAAGCAAGAAGAAAGCACCGACCCCCCUGCUCACGGGAUUCGGACGACACAGCUCUGAAGAUCGACAGUCGACUGAUUCUUCGACGAGUGGCUCACCACUUCCUGGUGCUCCCCACUUGCGCAAGCUUGGAUCGGGAGCAGGCGCAUCUGCAUCGCCUGCCAAGCAGAUGGGACCAAAGAAGUUGCGCGACAAGAGUGGCCGGACUCCUCUUGCGCGAGCGUGCGCAGAUCGAAAGCAUGAUCAAGUCAUGAUGCGACACGCGGAACGACCUGAAGAUAUUAAUAUUCCCGAUAAUGCAGGCAACACCCCCCUGCAAAUAGCAUCGCUUGCUGGUGAAGCCGAGAUCGUCAAGUUCCUGCUUGAGGCAGGAUGUGAGAUCAACACGAAGAACAUCGACAAAGACACCCCGUUGAUCGAUGCUGUGGAGAACGGAAAUGUGGAGGUCGUGAAGCUCUUGCUUGAUGCAGGUGCCAACCCACGAACUGUAAAUGCGGAAGGCGACGAACCCUUUGAGCUUGUUCCAUCUUUUGUCGACGAUGAUGAAUACGAAGAAAUGCGAAAGGCGUUGGCCGAUGCCAAGGCCAACUUGAGGCCCGGGAGGCGCUCUGAGGAACACACGAGACCAGAGAGCAAGGAACCGUCUUCACGGCGGGCAUCUGCAGCGAGAGGGUCGGCGACUAGCCCUCGAGAAUCACCUCCCAUGCGCAGUCCCCCCCCCGCAGGCUCUGCCGCCAAUCGACGAAAAGGUGGACGAGGCGAAGCCACAAGAAACGAUUUGUUGUGGACUAAACCAACAUUUGAGAAUCUUCGCGAAUUUGCCGCAAAAGGCGAUGAGGCUGGGGUGGUUAGCAUUCUGAAUAUCUUGCAGAAGGCUGAUAAUGCAUCUUUGAUUGCUGCAGCGAAAGGCGGUCACCAUGACGUGCUUUCUCUUCUGUACGCAAUGGGGAACGCCGACGCCGACCCAAACCCACUGCGUGGUCAAAAACCAGGUUACAACACGCCCAUGCUGGCUGCGAUCGGUCGAGGAAACAGUGCUGUGAUUCAGUUGAUUCUGAGUCAGCCUGGUUUCAACCCCACUCGUCGGCUCUUCGAAGAUCGAACAUACUUUGAUUUGUCGCGAGGUCGAAUGGGUGAAAACUGGGAGGACGAGUACCAAAUCCUGAAAGACGCGUAUGAGAAGUUCCCGGGAGAAAAGAGUAGGAAAGACGACUCACCCCGCCGGGCACGUAAAGAGAAAGACGACAAACGUGCCGCGCGCAGAGGUUCCUCUUCCCCCGUCCGCACCAAAAAGAUCAACACCAGCCCCACCAUCAAUCGCAACCGUGAUCCCUUGAAAGACCUCGAUCACAUGAAAGAAAAGCGCCAAAAAGACGACCCUUCACGACCAUCUGAUUCCAAAACAAAGUCAUCCACAUCAGCUAGACCUGACAGUGAGUCAAGUGGGAUGGCUCGAAACGACGAAGUGAAAAAGCGCCGCCUCAUCCCCGGCCGUCGGCCGCAGGAACGCAGAGCCAGUCUUUUCUCUUCAGACUCUUUAUCUGGGCGUGAUGAAGCACCCAGACCACGCGAAGCAGACAACAACCUCUCCUUAAAGCGUAUCCGCCCCGACCGCUCCCCAGAACGCUCUCGUUCCCGCGGCACAGAAAGUGGCCGCUUAUCCCCCGAUUCACGCCCCAAGAAGAGACGAAACGUGUCGGAAGACCACGCUGCUAAUGGCGUCCCGCGGUCGGAUGACCAGAAACCCCGUCGACAAGAAGAACCCACGCGCCCAGACUCUCAGAAACCUGAAAUUAAGAAACCUUCCACUCGUCCUCCCUCACCUGCUCACGAUUCUAUAAAGGAUGUGCAUAUGAGUGACGCAGAUCAUACAACGGUUGAUGCGGAUUCGAAGCGUGCGGAGCAGGAGGCUGAGGAACGGCGUCGGGCACAGGCUAAGAAGAAGGCACAAGACGAACGUGCCGCCGAAGACAAGCGCAUCGCAGAUGACAAGCGAGCUGCCGAUGAGAAACGUCUUGCGGACGACAAGCGGAUUGCCGACGAAAAGCGUGUUGCGGAAGAUAAGCGCAUCGCUGAGGACAAGCGUGCUGCAGAAGAUAAGCGCAUUGCUGAGGACAAGCGUAUUGCAGAGGACAAGCGCAUCGCUGACGAGAAGCGAGCUGCCGAUGAUAAGCGCAUUGCGGACGACAAGCGCGCCGCAGAUGACAAGCGGAUCGCUGACGAAGCCGAGCGAGAACGACUUGCCAAAGAGGAAGCCGACCGAGCUGCCCAAAUCGCCCGCGAGAAGGCCGAAGAAGAAGACCGCAAGCGCAAGGAGGCCGAUCAAAGACGCGCCAAACAAGCUGAUGACGAUCGAAUUAAGCGACUGGAGCAAGAACGCGCUCGUAUCGCCAAGGUGCGCCGCGAUCGUGAAGCUCAAGAGAAACAACGCCGCGAAGCCCUUCCCGAUCGUCUUCGGGUUGCGGCCGACCUAGUAGGCGCUCAUGACCCUCGUGCCAAAAGCCAUGACUGGCUCCAGUCCUUCAUGCCUCUUGUUACUGCGCGCACUCGUCAACUGGACCCUGGCUGCGCUGUGGAUGUGGCGGACGAGAAAUGGAUACCCAAUUACCUCGUCGCACCUCUUCUAGCUACCAACGAUUUACAGCUUUCACAGUAUGCCAGCUGGGAGAAGCGCAGGGCAACCCCAACCCAGCGCGUGAAUCUAUGGCGAGUCACCCGCCGUAUGCUGAACUACACGGAAUCACUUGCCGACUCGAGCAUCGGGCAGGUCAUGCAACAGGAUUGUGAAACCAGACCCAAGUACUUUGAGAUGGAACAUGUCUUUUGGAUCAGACUUUCUGAUUUUACCGAUCUUGUUCCUCACAUUCCUCAUCUGCACGGUCUCGAGCUUCAGUUCCUGAGCAUGCACGUCGACCCUGAGCCGCCAGUCGCUCACACCAACGGCCACGGCCCGGACUCUGCUGAAACGAACGGCACCGGGUCGAUUAAUGGCUUUGGCCAUUCUCGGUCGAGUACAUACGUCUAA